CCUUGGGUCUCCAGCAACAGCCCAGCAAGACCGGGCCUGUCUCCUAGCGUGCACGCAUUCGGCCCUCCAUCGCCAGCCAGCCAGUCAGUCAGCAAUACAGCGUCCAGGCAGUAUAUCCGCAUACGCACACCCGACUGGCACUGCAACACCACCAAGCCGCCCGAUCAAGCCCCACAUCGGCCAUGUACUUUACCGCAGACGAAGAGAGGCAGCUCAAGAGCUUCCUGAUGGAGAAGCUGGAGCCCAUCUGCGACGCCGACCCAGAUGUGCUUGCGGACUAUGUCAUUGCUCUUCUGAAACACGAAAAGUCCACGGCAGAGCUGCGCUCGCUACUGUCUGCCUCGCUGAGCGAGUUCCUUCGAAACGACACCGACGGCUUCACCGACACUGUGCUGGAACAUCUCUCGCACAAGUCGAGCAGCGCCCGGGGACCCUCGAGCUCGUCUAGGGAAGACCCGGAGCCCCAGCAAAUCCCAACGCACUCGGACGACCGGAGAGACGUCGAUCUGAUCGACCAUUCCGACGACGAAGACAACUCGGAUCGCAACUUCAAGCACCGCAAGCAUAGCUCCAGCCAGUCCGAGAGCCGAAAGCACGGCCGCUCAGACGACGCCGGAAGCUCGCACGGCGACGCAUCGACCGGGCACAAGAUUCCGAGGGUCGAGGAAGGAAGCAUCAGCGUCCAUACAUCCAAGGCGCACGACCAGAAGCGAUCCUACAAGGAUGACGGCGGGUUCGCCGACGGGAUGGAUAGUGGCCGGCCUUCGCGACGCGGUGGAUACGACAGCUCGUCUCAACGGCGGGACUACGACUCGGGUCGACCGCGGAACUAUGGAAACAGCGGUCCUGGAUUCCUCGGAAACAACCCUGGCGCACGCGGCCCCUGGGAUGGCUCGAAUCCUGGACAGUGGGGUGUGGCGCCGAUGCAGGGAUAUCCGAUUCCUGUCGCAGAGGCCCGGUUUGCAGCGGGUGGCAUGAUGAAGAAUCCACGAGGAGGCUCUCGGUCCGCCGCGGGAGGACGAAACGGGAACUUUUCAGAACGCCGGCGUGGGCGAUGCCACGACUAUGACGAAAAGGGAUACUGCCUCCGAGGCGACCUGUGUCCGUAUGACCACGGCGCCGACAGAAUUGUUGUCGAUGACUCUGCCGCUAUGGUGCGACCACAGUUCAACAUGUACCAGUCGCAUCCUAUGGGCCCGGUCAUGAAUGCGCCUGUGCCAAUGGCCGGAGGGCCGAUGUACGGCAACGUUAUGUUUGCGCCGGCUAGACCCAUGGAUAUGUAUGGUGCACAGGGCCAUCCAAUGGCCAUGCCCGAAGGCUACGAUCCCGAACGAGCUGCGCUCAAUGCAGAGCCAUCGAGCGCCAUGGUUGUUUCAGGCGGGGAAGGGCCGCUGCGUGAGGAUAGCCGAGGUCCUUCCCAGCGCGGCCGCGGCCGCGGUGGGGCCCGCAUGGGUCGUGGCGGGGCCAAAGGCAGCGGCUAUCGAGCCGGAGGAACAUCGCUGACGGUUGAAAACAUCCCGCGAGAGUUUUGCAACAUGGACAAGAUCAACAGCUACUUCAAGCAGUUCGGCUCCAUCGUCAACAUCAACGUGAUGGCACACUACCACAAGGCGGUUGUGCAGUUCAGCCAGCACUCGGAAGCAAACGCGGCCUACAACUCGCCCGAGCCCAUCUUCUCGAAUCGGUUCGUCAAGGUUUAUUGGUCGCGCGAGGAGCGGGACGAUGGUGGGGCCGAGGGCAGCAAGUUUGGCGCCGGCCCGUCGUCCGGCCAGCCCCAGGAGCCCCAAGAGCUGACUGAGGAACAGAAGCAGCAGCAAGAACGCAUCAAGGCCAUCGCAAAGCUGCAGCAGCAAAAGCAAGAGCUGAUUCAGCGACAGCUGGACCAGCAGAAAGCGCUCAUGGAGAAGCUGGACAAGGACAAGACGCUCACCCCUGCGGCUCGCGUGGAGAUCAUGAAGACCGUCAAGCUGCUGGCCGAGUCGAUCAAGUCCAUGAUGAACAUGUCGGUGGCGGCCCCACCCCGAGCGGCGCCGACCCCUGCUGCCAACAAGGCUCUGAUGGAUGAGAAGGAACGUGAGCGACUGGACCGCGAGCUGGAUCUGCUCGCACAGAACAAGACGCCCGAUGCCAGCGAACCGGCGUCGACCAGCGGCGAAGCUACCAAGCCCAGCACGACACCUGGUGUCGAGGUUCCGCCCGCACAAAGCCCGACCGCUGCGGCUGCUGCCUCGGCUCCAAUCGCCGUCUAUUCAGGACGAGGACGUGGCGCCUCGUUCGGCUGGGGUGGACGAGGGCAGAGCUGGAUGCGUGGCGGAGGGCCCGGACACGCCCCUGUUCGGCACUUCAACCUCGACAACCGGCCAACGACGCUGCUCGUGAAGGGCAUUCCUGCUGGCGAGCACGACGGCUUCAAGGAACUGUACGAGUCGUUUGGCCCCAUCGAAAGCCUGUCGUUCCUGGACGAAGAAAAGGCGACGGCGCUUGUCCGAUACAAAGCGCGCAAGUUUGCCGAGAUUGCUUAUGCAUACGGCUCGAAGCUGCCAUCGGGCGGCGCCGUCGAGCUUGCGUGGCAGAGCAACGCCGCCAACAGCGCUGCGACGUCCCCAACGACCACGACCGACCCGCUGACCGAGCCGGCGGAUCAGCCUCCGGAGCAAGACACACCAGCGCCGGCAGAGACCGAGGCAGAAACGGGCGUCCCGGCCGAGUCGACCCUCGAGACGCACUGGAACGAUGAGGACGAGGACGAGGACGACCACCAGGACCGGUCAUGGAAGCGAUAAGAGGGACAGUGCUUGAAUACACACGCAGUAUGCCCGGAGCAGUCCCAGUCGCGGCUGGCAACAGGACCAGCGACAGUCGCACACAGCAGCAAUCGGUGGCAGCCCGCAGCGCUCCGGAGCCCCAACAAUACACGAUGAAAAAAUAGGCACGAUGAAAAAA